AUGAAACUAUUCCAUUCCUUAUUACAAUUACUGUUAUUACUGUCAUUGAUUUACGCCGCUCCUGUGGAAUACCACAAGAAGGAAACUAUCGAUAAAAGAGGAGGUGAUAUCACCAUCACUGCCACCAUUAAUGGUGUCCAAGUCACUUGGUUGACUGAUAUUGGCGCUGCUGGCGGUAAUUACGCCCCUGCCCCUACUGCUGCUGCGAACACUCAAUCAACUUCCACCAGAACUCACUACGUCACUUCCACCGUCAAGCACAAGCACAAAAGAGACGUUACUCCUUCUGCUGAAGUUGAAGAUUUGAACAAGAGAGAUAUUACCAUUACUGCCACUAUCAAUGGUGUUCAAGUCACCUGGUUGACAAACCUUGGUGGGGUUGCUGCUCCUGCUGCUGCUGCUGCUACUACCACUCAUGCUGCUGCUGUUGCUGCUGCCGCCGUCACUACCACUCAUGCUGCUGCAAAGACUUCUGCCGCUGCUAUUGCCACCACCGCUGCAAGUAACAAACAAACAACAUUCUCUUCUUCUUCUUCAAGUGGCAUUUCUGGUGAUCUUUCCUCAUUCUCUAAUCCAAGCAAAGAAUUUACUGAUGGGACCAUCAAGUGUUCUGAUUUCCCAUCAGGUCAAGGGGUCAUUAGCGUUUCUUGGAUCGGCUACGGUGGUUGGACCUCGCUUCAGAACCAAGGCACUGGGGGAACUAAUCCUAGCUCUUGUACCGAUGGUGUUCUUUGUUCUUACGCUUGUCAAGCCGGUAUGUCCAAGACCCAAUGGCCAUCUUCUCAACCUUCUGAUGGGGAAUCUCGUGGCGGAUUGUUGUGUAAGAACGGGUACUUGUACAGAACUAACACUGCCAGCAACUACUUGUGUGAAUGGGGGAAAAACACCGCCAAAGCGGUUUCCAAAGUCAAUCAAGUGAUUUCUUUGUGUAGAACCGAUUAUCCAGGUUCCGAAAACAUGAAUAUUCCAACCAGAUUAGAAGCCGGGGGAUCCCAGCCAAUGAGUGUGGUUGAUGAGGACAGUUACUACCAAUGGGAAGGUAAGAAGACUUCGGCCCAAUAUUAUGUUAACAAUGCUGGUGUCGAUGUUGAAAAAGGUUGUGUCUGGGGUACUGCUGGGAGUGGGAUUGGUAAUUGGGCUCCAGUGGUUUUGGGUGCUGGUUACACUGGGGGAAAUACUUGGUUAAGUAUUAUUCCAAAUCCAAACAACAAAGUGGCUCCUAAUUAUUCCGUCAAAAUUACUGCUGAUGACAACAGUUCCAUUCUGGGUUCUUGCUCUUACGUUAAUGGGGUGUACUCUGGGGGUAGUGGAAGUGAUGGCUGUACUGUUAGUGUCACUAAAGGGUCUGCCAGUUUUGUGUUUUCUUAA